AUGGUGGAAACCCAAAGCGAAGUCGAUCUCCAUCAGUUACUCGUCCCCACGCCUACCAACGAUGUGCCUCCUCCGCGUCAGCACUCCUCUGCUUCAUCCGGACCUAGCAGCGAUGCCGGCUCCUAUUUGUUCCCGGAUAAUCUAUCUCGAAGUGACUCAGUCUAUUCGUUCUCGAGAGCCUCAUUCAGCAGCCAACUCGCCAGCCUGACCGGCAUCAACGUGCCCCAGUUUGAAUCGCUUGCUGCCACGGUCACCACCCUUCCGACAGCCCGCAAGGCAGUUAAGGCCCUUACGACCGCCGCGGAGCAGAUACAAGCAUGGAACAAGAAGGCUUUGAAGGUGCUGGAGAAUCUCGACGCAGAUGAUGAUGUGGAAUGGGCCGCCGCCGCAGGCAGAAUAGGGCUCGUUGAGACCGACAAGACUAUCCGAAGAUUCGAAAAUCUGAUCAAUGUCUACGUCCUGUCGAUUGAAAGGCUACAGUCACGCUCCGACAUCGGUACCGUCAAGCCCGAAGACUUGCAGGCGGUCGUCGAGCAAAUGGAGGUGACACUCGAAGGGUGGGACAACGUCCGGCACGAUCUGAAAAAGGUCCAUGAGCAAGUGGAACUGGCUAUGGAAUGGGAAGAGCUGUGGGCCAAGGUACUUGGAGAUGUUGCAGCGGAAAUGGACAAUCUCAGCCAGCUGGUGUUUGAAAUGGAGGAGAAAAGGCACGCUGCAUACCAGGCGCAAAAGCCUGCCAGUCCAAGUCAGGCCAUCGAUUUGAACGAGCUCGAAAGCUUUAUCGACAAGCCCUCUCAGAAGAGGAAUACUCCCGGCUCCCGUUUCAGUCUUCCUACUUUGGAGUCGUCUCCUUUGGGGUCGCCGAUCAUCGAGAAUCCUCAGGACGAUUCUAAUCUAUUGGCCCUUUUCGCCCGCAUGCAACCGCUUCGUGCCUCUCUGGAUUUCCUGCCGAUGAGGUUAUCCAUGUUCCAGUCACGGGCAGAAAAGCUCUUUCCUAUGGCAUGUCAGGAGCUUGAUGAAAAGCGAGCACGGCUAGAGAGGAAUUGGACGGCACUCUCCAAGGAGGCGGACAAUCUACGGCGUGAACUCAGUGAGGAUCGGUGGGUGAUCGUCUUCCGCAACGCUGGCCGGCAGGCCCAGAAAAUGGUUGAGUCGGUGGAGAGAAGUAUUCUCAAGGUCCAAGAGGCGAUCACCGAAAAUUAUCAGAUGAUGAACCCGGCGGCAUUGGCCAAGAGGAUUGAGAGUUUCGAGGCGAAAAGGAUGCAUUAUGGUCCAGCGAUCAGCCGGGUUCUCGCCAUCAUCCAGAAAGGUCUCAAAGACCGCUUGACCGUCAAUGGAGAAAUCCUUCGUCUACACAAAGACUUGUCGUCUCGAAUGAGAGAUCUGACCGAUACGAUGGAGGACCUCGAAUCUCUUCUUGAGCAUUACAGUACGCAACAAAAUUCCAGAUUACGCGAGUCGAUCUCCAGCAUCGUCUCCGCGGAUCGUUCCUUCACCAGCACUACCUUUGCCGGAACUCCGGGGAGUUCACCACCUUCGUCGGUCGACCUCCCACCACAAAGAAUAGACAAGUCAACGCCCAAAUACGGUCUCAACGGCUACACGAAGCAACGGACCCCGUCUUCGAGUCGACCACCGCCCCCGACUUCGAGCAACCGACGAGGAUCUCUUCUUCCCUCAAAUAGACGGCCAAUGACGCCUAUGUCGCAUGCUAGUGGGAGUGCAAUCAGACGUGGGGUGUCACCUAUGCCAGGGCCUUCGUCAGUCUAUCGUCAAGGCGUCUACUCUCCUCCCGUGGUACAGGUACCAUCUCGACCGAGUCCGACUCCGCUGCCGAACAAACCACGAUGGUCAGCUGUUGUGAAAUCGGCCGAUGCUCCCUUGGCACCGACAUAUCGUUCGUCGUCAGCCACAAAACCACCCACCGCGCGGAAAUAUACCCCACGCUCCAUCUCUUCCAGUACUGCAUUACCAUUGAGGAGUCCCCGAAGUCGGGAGGCCACAUCAUCACCUUCACCCAUGCUACCGACGCCUCCGCAACGAGACCAACAAUUCAGGUCGUUUGCCGAGCGCGUGGCUGACCAUUCCCCCGUCAGGCCGAGUCGAUUGAUGGACCCGGUGCCGUACCAUCGAGGACGGAACUCCAGUUCACCCGCAGUUGGCACUAUCCGAUCGCCCUCUUCGCUGGCGGUCCACAGCUACAGUAAGCUCGCCAUGAGCGGCUCUACCGUGUCCAGGCCGCCGUCGUCACUAAGUCGGAGUUACGGCCCAUCGACCGGCCUACCGUUACGAUCAAUCACCCAUAAUCCGAGGACUAUCUCGAGGAUAGGCCAGAGCGAAGCCGGCUCGGAGGAACUUGACCGGCCGAGUGACCAUGAAGAAGACGAUCAGGUCACCGAACCAAACUCGAGUCCGUUGUCCAAGCGAACCAUUACCCGGCCGAGCAGUGUGUUAGCCAUGGCGAACGGGAAGGGGAGGCGCAUGUCAUUGCUGCCAGUGCCGGUGGGCAGUGGUAGACAAAGUUCUCUCGGGUCAAGGAUGUCUUGA